AUGCCCACAAUGACGGUGCCGUCCGCUACCAUGCGCAGGCUGCGCCGCGAGCUGGAGAUCAGCCGGAACCGGAGCAAGGCACCCCUGGCGCCAACAGGAGGAGUCGUCGCCAAGAAGCCCUCACCGCCGCCACCCUCCAAGUCCAAGCCCUCAUCUCCGGCAAAGAGCAAGUGCAUCGGAAAGGGAGCGCAGGUGCGCGUGCGCACGCGGGUCGGGACGGUGUGCACGGGGCAGCACCUCGUGCUCUGGCUCCGCGCCGUCGUCGAGUGCGCCGAGGACGAGGACGCCGACGGCUGCCUCCGCGUCGCCUACGACUACACCAACGGCAAGUUCCCACGCGUCGCGCGCGUCUCCCCGAACGACGUCAAGCUGCACGUCGUCCCGCCCGCCGACGCCAGCGCCACUGCUACGUCCACCGGAUCUUCCAUUGCCACCAGCGACCACUCUACGCGCACUUCGUCAUCAUCACAGUCACAGCAGGACAAGGCUGGUCCACCUCCACGGCAGACCGUCGCCGGGAAGAAGCUGCCAUUGCUGAAGAAGCUGGAGAAGGAGAUGCUGAUGAGCAGCUCCAAAGCUAUCAGCUUGUAG